AUGGCCGAUCGCCAAAUUGCCAGCAAGAUUGAGGAAUAUAUCGAAAAGAUCCACUAUUCUGAUCGCUAUUCUGACGACCUAUACGAAUACCGUCACGUCAUCCUACCGAAACCACUACUCAAGCUUGUUCCAAAAGAGUUCUUUGACGACAAAGCAGGCACCCUUCGUCUACUAUCGGAAGCGGAGUGGAGAGGGAUCGGCAUUACUCAGAGCCUCGGCUGGGAGCACUAUGAAGUGCAUGCCCCAGAGCCGCAUGUCCUCCUUUUCCGUCGUGCGAAGAACUAUGGACUCCCCACGCAGCCGCAACCUGCCCCGGCUGCGAGACAAGCCAAUGCGAGGAAAAAGUAG